GUCUAUUGUUCUAUAUUUAUUGAGGCCGCGCAGCACCGCACGGCACCGCCCCUUUUUAAUAUCUCUAUGCUCCGUUCUUCAAUUACAGGAAGGCUUAGGCUCAGCGUUGCAUCCGUAUCUGCAUCUCUUAUUUCGAAAAAGCAAUCAUCUUUCUAUUUCGAUCAAACCCUUUUGGGUUUUCUUCAUAAUUCACCUCUUCCUUUUGUUUCUCGCUCCAUAACAUUACGAAAUUCGGGGCCUGUGUUGUGCUCUCCUUCUUUGAGAUUCGACCAUACAAUGGCUAACCAAUCCGAGCCUAAAUCAGUGCAUGACUUCACCGUUAAGGAUGCUAGAGGAAACGAUGUUGAUCUCAGCAUUUACAAGGGGAAGGUUCUCGUGAUUGUUAAUGUUGCUUCACAGUGUGGCUUGACCAAUUCGAACUACACUGAGCUGACUCAGUUAUACCAUAAAUACAAGGAUCAAGGCUUGGAGAUUCUGGCAUUUCCAUGUAAUCAGUUUGGAUCUCAGGAGCCAGGAACCAAUGAAGAAAUUCUGGAGUUUGCCUGUACUCGCUUCAAGGCCGAGUAUCCAAUAUUCGACAAGGUUGAUGUGAAUGGAAACAAUGCUGCUCCUCUUUACAAAUUCUUGAAAUCUAGCAAAGGUGGAACUUUUGGGGAUGGCAUCAAGUGGAAUUUUUCGAAGUUCCUGGUUGAUAAAGAUGGCAAUGUUGUGGACCGUUAUGCCCCCACCACUUCCCCUCUCAGCAUGGAGAAAGACGUGAAGAAGCUGUUGGGGAUUGCGUGAAUGCUGAAGUGUGGCUUAAAAUAAGUAAAGGAUAUUACUGUGAAUAAGAAACACGAAAGGAUGUACCUGUUUCCCUUCCUAAAUCAUGUUAAGACUGCGUCCAAGUUAAUCCUGUGCACUUUCUGGUUUUGUACUUUUUCAUGAGUUCUUGUUUUAGUAGGAGUUCCAUUUUCUA